UGAGGAAGCAGCGUGCGCGCGCGCCGCACUGCAAGUGACUGACGACUGCCGACUCGCAGGUAUUAUCAUAUCAUUCAUUAACAAUGAGGUCCAUUGUGCUCUGUCUGGUGGUGGUGGCGAUGGUGGCUGCGGCCCCACAGCGCGAAGGUGCUGCCUACAGCAAGGAAGCCAUCAAGCAGGCUCAGAGCACCUUCCUCAUCCCCAAGGACGCUGUCAUCCAGAAAGUACAAGAAGGUGUAGAGCUUGCAGCUUAUGAAUCUAUUCCCGGCAACCAAAGAAUCAACCUGUUCGAGAUCCUCGGCGACCAGCUGCCCUCUGAGGUUAUAAACAACCUUCAAUCUCAGAUCGAUCACGUUGGCCAGCAAUAAAUCGUUUAGUCGUAGAAGAAACUUAUAACUCUUCGAAACCAGUAACGGAAGACAUCAAAUAAUUAAAGCUGCGAACCUGCCAAAGGAAUCACCACUUUAAAUACAACACGCUAGCUUAGUCAAGAGGCAACGAUAUAGACCAUCUGCUCACGUGGUUGUAGCGUGUUGUUAUGUAGUCUAUAAGUUUCCUCAAAUAAUGGACUCUGGUAGAUUCUGAGAUGUUCGCAUCCAAACAAACAAACCCUUUAGUUUGUAAUACUCGUAUAUAUGUUUAUGUGUAUAU